GAUGCCCAUGCAGCAGCAUUGAUUUGGAUCAUUGGUUCAUGCUGGGAAGCUAAGACAUCCUGCAGGGAUAUGAACACAAUGUUGAUGGGAAAAUGAGAGGUCUGAUAAUUGGAGACAGCAUCUCAGAGGAUGGAGAGCCAAAAAACACAGUCUGAGAAACCUGAUCCAGGCCUUGCACAGUCCUUAGGAACAUAUUUAUCAUAUUACGAGCAUGAAGAAAUGAAAAGAGAUGGCAGUCGUCCUGACAGUGAGACAGAGGAAAACAAGGACUCAUCAUCUCAGAUUGUCUCAUGUGCCCAUGCAGAUUCAGCUCCCGACCUGGAGUGGUUCCCAGAGGGACGGUUCGUCUGGCUUGUUGUCCUGGCAGCCACCUGGUGCAAUGGAUCAAUCUUUGGGAUUCAGAAGUCUUUUGGAAUCAUACAUAUGAUGCUUGUUAAAGCUCACGAGGACUCAAAUAAUGACGUUUCUCAGUUUGCAAUAGGUGAGAGGAAAGUUUUGCUUGGGUACCUACAGUAUUGUUCAGACAACACUAAUAGUUGAUCGAUUCACGUUGAUCACGUUGGCUGCAGGGUGACGGCCAUUUGUGGGGCCCUUGUGGCUUUCUUGGGACUUCUGACAAGUUCAUUCACCAUGUCGUUAGGUUUGUGGUACUUCACCUAUGGGGUUCUGUUUGGCUGUGGCUCCUCCUUUGUCUUCUUGCCUUCUCUGGUGACCCUGGGACACUACUUCCCUCAGCGCCUCGGCCUGGUCAACGGGGUGGUGAUGGCAGGCAGCAGUGUUUUCUCCAUAAGCCUGCCUGCCCUGCUGGAGGAGGUGGGGACACCGCUGGGCCUCAGCACCACCUUUCAGAUCCUCAGUGCCCUCAUGCUAAUCCAGGCAGCCCUGGCAUUCUCCUUCUGCUCACGCCUUUACCACAGGAAUUUGUCCACUAACACGGCCCAGCUUUCAUCUGCCAACCUGAGCAGUGGCUGGCAGCAGGGCCUGACACAGACCAGGAGGUACUGCAACCUGGGAGUGUUUCACCUCCCUAAUUACAGGGUGUGGGCUUUUGGGGUGGCUACGGCUAUGCUGGGCAACUUUGUGCCCUACAUUUACCUGAUGAGUUUUGUGGAGGAGCAGUUUGUGGAGACGCCAGUGAAGGAGUGGGUCCUCCUGGUGUGUAUCGGGGUGACCUCCUGCGUAGGACGCCUGCUGUUUGGCAGGGUGGGAGACCUGCUCCAUGGGGCACGCAAGAUCUACCUUCAGGCAGGCUCCUUCAUGGUGCUUGGCUUGGCGUCUAUGCUGGUCCCUUUGUGUGUCAGGUUUGAGGGGCUGGUUGCAGUGUGUCUACUGCUGGGGCUGUGUGACGGCUGCGUCAUCACCCUCAUGGCCCCUGUGACAUUUGAACUGGUGGGCCCCCAGAGAGCCUCCCAGGCCAUCGGCUACCUGAUGGGCCUAAUGGCCCUCCCCAUGACUGCCGGACCCCCCCUCGCAGGGCUACUCCAUGACCACUUUGGAGAUUACCACAUGGCCUUCUACCUGGCUGGGGUUCCUCCCAUGGUCGGAGGUGUCCUACUCUUCUUUGUCCCGAAUGUUCAUCAAUGCCUGCUGGAGGGCCAGCAGGAAACCCUCCCCAGACCCAGCCCUGACCUCCAGCUAUCCCCUCCUGGCUCGGACCACCAGGCCCCUCCCAUCCCUGGUCACCAGCUGCCCCCAACCAGCCCUGAGCUCCAGCUAUCCCCCCCUGGCUCACACCACCAGUCCCUUCCCAUCCCUGGUCACCAGCUCCCCCCAACCAGCCCUGACUAACAGUCCCCUCCCAUCCCUGGUCACCAGCUCCCCCCAACCAGCCCUGACUAACAGUCCCCUCCCAUCCCUGGUCACCAGCUCCCCCCAACCAGCCCUGACUAACAGUCCCCUCCCAUCCCUGGUCACCAGCUGCCCCCAACCAGCCCUGAGCUCCAGCUAUCCCCCCCUGGCUCACACCACCAGUCCCUUCCCAUCCCUGGUCACCAGCUCCCCCCAACCAGCCCUGACUAACAGUCCCCUCCCAUCCCUGGUCACCAGCUCCCCCCAACCAGCCCUGACUAACAGUCCCCUCCCAUCCCUGGUCACCAGCUCCCCCCAACCAGCCCUGACUAACAGUCCCCUCCCAUCCCUGGUCACCAGCUCCCCCCAACCAGCCCUGACUAACAGUCCCCUCCCAUCCCUGGUCAUCACCAUCGCUGCCACGACUCAAGAAUGUUGCCAACAGUAACCAAGUGAGAGGCCACUGCGGUGAAGACACUGACAAGUCAGAGAUCCCAUAAGAUGUAUAAUGAGUGAAGUCUUGUUCCAUGAUAUUCCAAGGGACAUUUGUUAUAAACAUCAUUAAACCACCAGUCUAAAGUUA